GUGCUGCAGAUGUAUCUACCUUUCUGCGGAAUAUCCAUCUCCAACGCCAAGUUGUUUUCAGAGUCUCGGAAGGAGUACGAGAGGAGCAGGGCUCUGCUAGAGGUGGUGAAUGACCUGUUUGAGGAACAGACAGACCUGGAGAAGAUAGUGAGGAAGAUCAUGCAGAGAGCUGUGACCCUGCUGCAGUGUGAACGCUGCUCUGUGUUGCUGCUGGAGGAUAUACACUCACCUGUGGUAAAGUUCUCAAAGACCUUUGAGCUCAUGUCUCCCCUGUGCAACAUGGACCUGUGUGUCUCUGACAAAGUCAGCAUGGAGAAGCUGUCCUGCUCUGAUUGGCUGAUCAAUAACAGCAUUGCUGAGCUGGUGGCGUCCACAGGACUGCCUGUUAACAUCAGCGACGUCUGUCAGGACCCCCGCUUUGAUGCUGAGGCAGAUCAAGCCUCAGGAUUCCACAUCAGAUCAGUACUGUGCGUCCCCAUCUGGAAUCGGACUCAUCAGAUAAUAGGGGUUGCCCAAAUUCUAAAUCGCCUGGACAGGAGGACGUUCAAUGAUGCAGAUCAAAGACUGUUUGAGGCCUUUGUGAUAUUCUGUGGGCUGGGGAUCAACAACACCAUGAUGUACAAUCAAGUGAAGAAGACCUGGGCCAAGCAGUCUGUGGCUCUGGAUAUGCUGUCCUACCACGCCACAUGCUCCAAGGUAGAGGUGGACAGACUCAAGGCUGCUAAGAUCCCUUUGAGCAGUGAGCUGGGCAUCGAAGAGUUCCACUUCAACGAUUUCUCAUUGGACAACGACGCCAUGAUCACUGCCUCCCUCCGGAUGUUUCUGGAACUCGGAGCCGUCCAGAAGUUUAAGAUUGACUACGACGUCCUGUGGGCUGAUCUUGCUACAACGGUGAGGAGAACUAUCAACCCGGUGGCAUACCAUAAUUUGGAUCGCACGGUGGCAUACCAUAACUGGAGGCAUGCCUUCAACGUGUGCCAGUGCAUGUUCCUCAUGAUCACAACGGCUGGUUUCCAGGAUGUUCUGUCGGAUGCAGAGACCCUGGCGUUGAUGGUGGGUUGUCUCUGCCAUGACUUAGACCACCGUGGCACCAACAACGCCUUCCAGGCCAAGACUGGCUCUGCUCUGGCCCUGCUCUACGGGACAUCAGCUACUCUGGAGCACCAUCACUUCAACCAUGCAGUCAUGAUCCUACAGAGUGAGGGUCAUAAUAUCUUUGCCAACCUGUGUUCCAAAGAGUACAGUAGUAUGAUGCAGCUACUGAAACAGGCCAUCCUCUCCACUGACCUCACCCUGCACUUCCAGAGGAGGAGCCAGUUCUUUGACCGUGUUCUCUCUGGAGAGUUCAGCUGGACAGACGAGGCUCACAGAGAACUUCUCAGGUCUAUGCUAAUGACAGCAUGUGACUUGGGUGCAGUGACCCGCCCCUGGGAGAUCUCCAAACAGGUUGCGGAGUUGGUGACCAGUGAGUUUUUCGAGCAAGGUGACAGGGAGAGGUCAGAGCUCAAGUUAACUCCAGCGGCCAUCUUUGACCGUAAUCGUAAAGACGAGCUGCCCGCCCUGCAGCUGGAGUGGAUAGAUGGGAUCUGUAAGCCCCUCUACCAGGCUCUGAUGAAGCUUAAUGUGAAGCUGAAGCCUAUGGUUGAUGGGAUAGCAGCCAACCGCAUGAAGUGGAAGGAGCUGGGCUCAUCCUAUCAGCAGCACACACACAGAACUGCAGAGACCAAUCAAAGUCCUGGCUCUAAGUCAGGACCCAACCCAGAGACCAAUCAAAAUCCUGACUCCAGUCAGAACUCGCAACUAGAGUUUGGGUCAAAUUCAGACACGUCAGUGGACGACGUGUUGAUCUUUAUGACAUUGUAA